GUGCCGGUGAGCUGUCGGUUCGCAGCCUGAAUGGUCGCGGCGUGCCAUUGCAGUUGAAAAAGUCUCGGUCCGGUGUGCUGCUGCCCCCAUUGUCGGCAACAUCACCAGGCCUGCCGUCAAUGACACGGCAGCUCAGGACCCAGCCAUUCUGCAGCAGCGUAUGGUCGGUCGAAAAGUCUCGCAGUCUCAGCCAUUCUCGCGCGGCAUCCUUCGGACGGCUCGAGGCGUGGCCUGGUGAGCAGGCGGAAGUUCGGAAUGCUGCCAGGGAAGCAGCCCAGGCACGCCAGAAGCCAGACACAACUGAAGAGGAGGCCAUCGCAAAGAAGUUGGUCGACCUGGAUAUGCCGCACUUAGAUCGGAUUACCAGCAUGUACAUUGGACAGAGCUUCGCUGACAUAGACGGUGAUGGCGAGAAAUCUCCAGAGGAGAUUCUCCCCACGCAAGAACUGGGCGGUCUCUUGAAACAAAACAACGGCGGCAUUGAGGUGAACGAAGACGAGCUGGAAAGCCAGGAGUUGCAGCAGAUACAAACUGGCGAGGAUGCCAUUGCAUACUUCGCCAAGAGUGGAAGCGUUUCCAAAACAAAGCUCCUGUAUGCCAAUCGUGCUGAGAGCGAGCACUUUGCUCCCUACGACUUGGUGGUUGUGCCAGAGGAUCAGGUAAACCCCGAGUACUUUACCAUAUCCGCCACCGGCAUUGUGCAUGUUGCACCCGGGCAGCUUUCCGAGUGCAUCUCUCUGACCGACUGGAUGCAUCAGAGCCUCAUGUUCCGGGUGCUGCAGACGAUCAACUUUUUCAAGUUUUACAUGCACAAGAAGGUGAUCACGCAAUGGUCUACGAACGCACGAUACGAGGUCUAUUGCCAUCACAGGCAGCGCCUUAGCAGGUGUUGUUUCUUUGCCAAGCCCAUGUUCGUGGACUCCUUGGUGCAGGUGAACAGCCUCGUGCGGGAAGUGGAAGAAGUGAAGGUUGUGCACGUUGACCAGAACUACUACACCAUUCAGGAGUUCAUGGACAAGCAGCAGCAGAUCCGUGCCAGUCCAGUCAAUAGUGCGCAGAAGGACUUCGAGCAAAAGCACGAAUCCGCCAUUGGCAUCAUCGAUCGACUGAUCACCACGGUGCAGUGCUCCUUGCAGAUUGAGCCCAGUGUUGACCAGCUAUCUGGCAACAAGUCGAAGUCCAUGGUACAAGAGAAGGAAGAGGCUCGUGAGAAAGCACGCCUUCAGCGCAUUGCCAAACGGGACGAAGACAUGCUAGGUGACUGCAUCCGGUUGAUUGACUACAUGUUCCAGGCUGCACUUGUGCAAACCGUGAUCGAAGCCGUGAAGAUGUUCUGGAAUCGCUUGGACCAGAAGAACGUGCCGAAGCUUUUCGUGACGUCCGUGGACAUGUCGGAUCAGGGCAUCACGCUGGAUCCCGGGAAGCACGAUUUCGUAGAGAUGCUCUUCAUGGUUUCUGAUGGAUGGUUCCAGACGUUGAACCUCUUACAGUCGAUGACUUGCGUGCGACAGUAUGAUCAGUUUUGCCGCGUGCAGAACCAUCAGACAGUGAAGGACAUUCUGAUGAAAGAUCGAACCUAUUUGGGAUACCAGGCGAGCAUUCAAGACUACAUCACAAGUGCCAUUGACGACACGCAGGCAUCUGCCAACCUCAUGUACGAGCCUUUCCGGCCCAUCUACGAGUUUGGCAAGACUUGGGAUGAAGAAGCUUUCAACGACAAGGAGCAUGACUAUGACGCGUUAUAUGAUCAGAUGUCCAAGAUGAGGGAGUUUCAACAUGAUCUCGACCGGUUCAAGCUUAGCCCGAUUUGUGGCAUCAUUCUUGUCAACGGCAAGAGCCUGAAAGACAGAUUGACGCCCAUCCCAGAGGCUACAUUGAACUGCGUGAAAAACUGCCUCAUUGGCCUAGCUCGGGACAAGUGCAAGGAAUGCUACAGUCGCUACGACUCAGUCAACAAGCUCCUGGAAGAAAGGUCGAAGGAUCUGGGCAAGUUCGCAAAUUAUGUGAAGAUGUACCACAACGUCCAAGAUGAGAGGCCGGAGAUGGAAGACCUCAUGUUCGAGGUUGAGCAGAUGUAUUCCCUGAUAAGGGAGUACAAGGUAAGGAUGCCUGGCGACGACGAAGUUGUCUAUGAGGGUCUGAAGGCGAAGGAGAGCGAUUUCACCAACAAGAAGAUGAUUGAAGCCAGCCAGUUCAUUGCCGAGAUGAAAGAGGAGAUGGCGCUGGAGACUUACCAGAGGGCUCUGAAAGUGGAAGAGGAAAUGAAAGGCGUGUCGGAGGAACUCUUCACUGGGAGCUUUAUUGACGCAGAGAAGAUCGUCGUCGCUCACGAGGUACUGGAAGAAUUGGACAAGAUCUUGGAAACCAAGGUCAAGGUGCUGGAAGAGCGAGCACAUACGUUCACCGACUACGAGGGCUUGCUUGGUGCAGCCCCCCAAGUCCAAGCCGAGGAGGAAAGCAAUGGACACUUCCAGUUCGUCGAGGUUGCAAAGACACGGAAAGUUUUCGAUGACAAGCUCAAGCUUUGGGAGGUUACCGCCCAGUGGCAAGAGAUGUCCCACAACUGGAACGUGUCUGAGUUUGUCAAGGUGGAUGUCGAAGCUAUGAACAAGCAAGUAAUGGCAUCUUACAAGACGGCAAAUGGCUUGACGAAGUCCUUGGAGGGCGAUGAGGUGGCUGUCCGAGUCAAAGGGAUGAUCGAGGAAUGGCGUGAGCGCAUGCCCUGCAUCCUUGAUCUUGGAAACCCGGCUCUCCGUCCUCGGCAUUGGGAGAAGAUCUUCAAGAAGAUCAAUCUGGCGUACAAAGGUCCAACAUCGGCGAGCAGCAUCAGUUUGACACAGCUUGAGGGCAACGGGGUCUUCGACCACCGCGAGUAUGUGUCCGAAGUUUCUGCAAAUGCUAGCGGCGAGUUUGCUCUGGAACAGUCUUUGGAGCAGGUGAUAGCUGCCUGGGCAGAUCUGGACUUGCCGAUCAUGAACCACAGGAACCAGAAGGACUUGUGGAUUCUGGGUGACCUCCAAGAUGUCAUCACUCUCUGCGAGGAUCACAGCGUGACCAUCGCAACGAUGAUGGGGAGCCGCUUCAUUCAUGGCAUACGCGAGAAGGUGGAGAUCUGGGAGAAGAGAAUAAACCAGGCGGCGGAUGUCAUCGAUGAGUGGUACACGGUCCAGCGAGCGUGGAUGUAUCUGGAAAACAUCUUCUCGGCAGAGGACAUCCAGAGGCAGCUGCCACAGGAAGCAGCAAAGUUCAAGCAGGUUGACAAGUUCUGGAAGGACUUGUUCCGCAAGGUGCGCCAGAAGGACAAGCUCUGCAUGGAUGCGUUCCACAUUCCCGGGAUUCUUGAGCGCCUCAAGUGGGCCAACGACACCUUGGACCAUGUCCAAAAGCAACUGGAGGCUUAUUUGGAGACAAAGCGCGCGGCCUUCCCCAGGUUCUACUUUCUUUCCAAUGAUGAGUUGCUCAGCAUCCUUUCGCAGACGCGGAAUCCACACGCUGUCCAAGAGCACAUGUGCAAGUGCUUUGACUCCAUCAAUCGCGUGGUGUUCUCGGAGACGGCUCCUGGUGAAAUUCUUGGUAUGAGCGACAUGAUCAAGGAAUAUGUCCCAUUCGUGCAGCCAGUGGUGACCGGUCCUAUCGUUGAGAAGUGGCUCAGUGACAUCGAGGUUGCCAUGGUCAAUGGCUUGUACGAUGCAAGCAAGAAGGGUCUUCUCGCCUAUCCGGAGGAUGGCACGAACAGAACCGAGUGGUUGCUCGAGGGUCCGUACUCAGCGCAGAGCAAGAUCUUGGUGGAUCAGCAAUUCUGGACUGCGGAGACGGAGAAGGCUCUCUGCAAAAUCGCCGCUGGCGAUGCGAACGGCAUGAAGGACAACAUAGAGUUCCACAACCAGCAGCUGAAAAACAGCGUCAGCAUCGUUCGCAUGCAGCUCACAAAGAAUCAGCGAGUUCUGAUGGGAGCGCUGAUUGUCUUGGAUGUCCAUGGCAUCACGGUGCUCGAGAACCUUAUGGAAGCAGGCACAAACAGCUUGAACGAUUUCGAUUGGAGCAAGCAGUUGCGCUACUACUGGGUGCCAGAGUCCGAGGAGGUGGAAACCUCCCUGAUCAACAUGGUCUCGGAUGACUGCGUCUGCCGACAAACCAUUGCCUGCUUCAAGUACUCCUACGAGUAUUUGGGAAACACUCCACGCUUGGUUGUCACGCCCUUGACCGACAAGUGCUACAUGACCUUGACAGGCGCAAUGCACCUGAAUUAUGGUGGCGCACCCGCUGGUCCAGCCGGCACAGGAAAGACAGAGACCACAAAAGACUUGGGCAAAGCCCUGGCUGUGCCGGUCGUGGUGUUCAACUGUUCCGAUGGCCUCGACUACAAAAUCAUGGGCCGCUUCUUUUCAGGUCUUGCCCAGGCAGGAGCAUGGGCCUGCUUCGACGAGUUCAAUCGCAUCCAGGUCGAAGUCCUCAGCGUGAUUGCGCAACAGAUGCUGACAGUGACACAGGCUAUCCGGCAGCGAAAAGAAGUUUUCGAGUUUCUUGGCAACGAGAUCCCUUUGAAUCGACGCUUCGGGGUCUACAUCACCAUGAACCCUGGAUAUGCCGGACGAGCUGAGCUUCCGGACAACCUCAAAGCGCUAUUCCGCCCAGUCGCCAUGAUGGUGCCAGACUACGGGCUGAUUGCAGAGAUCAUUCUGUAUUCAGAGGGUUUCAAUGCGGCCAAGAUGCUUGCUCGGAAGAUGGUGAACCUGUAUCGGCUUUCCUCUGAGCAGCUUUCGAAACAGGAUCACUAUGAUUUUGGCAUGCGAGCCGUGAAGUCAGUUCUGGUAAUGGCUGGACACCUGAAGCGUCAGAACCCAGAUUUGGAAGAGAAUGUGACGCUCAUCCGCGCCCUUCGUGAUUCCAACGCACCCAAGUUCCUGUCUUUCGAUCUUCCGCUUUUCAGUGGCAUCAUCUCAGACUUGUACCCUGAUGUCGUCAUUCCAGACGUGGACUAUGGAAAGUUGAAGACGGAAAUCGAAAACCAGUUGCGCUUGAUGAACUUGCAGGUAGUUCCGUCCUUCCUGACCAAGAUCACGCAGCUCCUUGAGACACAGCUUGUGAGGCAUGGCGUCAUGUUGGUUGGCUUGACGAUGACGGGGAAGUCCACGAACUCCAACAUCCUGGCAAAGACUCUGACGCAGCUGAAGAAGGACGGUUCCACGGAUCCGGCCCACCAGCUCACCAAGAUCUUCUUCUUGAAUCCCAAGAGUAUCACCAUCGAGGAGCUCUACGGGUCCUUCAAUGAAAACACCGGUGAGUGGAAGGACGGCCUGGUGGCGAUCCUGGUCCGCGAAGCAGUCAGUGACACAUCAGACAACAAGAAAUGGGUGAAUUUCGAUGGCCCAGUUGAUGCGAUCUGGAUCGAGAACAUGAACACAGUGCUGGAUGACAACAAGAUGUUGUGCCUGUCCAAUGGAGAGCGGAUCAAACUCCCCCCAAGCAUGACCGUGAUGUUCGAGGUGAACGAUUUGGCAGUAGCAUCGCCCGCCACGGUGAGCCGAUGUGGCAUGGUUUACCUCGAGCCGGUUCACUUGGGCUGGAAGCCGCUCAUCCAGACAUGGGUGGAAAAGUUCCAGGUGAAGUUCCCGGAGUUCGCCAAGGACAUCGGGAAAUGGGCAACAUCGGUCUGCGAAGAGGCCCUCCCGUACAUUCGGGAAGAGUGCCAGGAAGCUCCUGGAAUACCGAGCAUGGAUGCAAACCUGGUGCAGGGUUACCUGAGAAUGCUAACUGCAUUCAUCUCGGAGCCCCAUCAGCUCGUGCCAGAAGGUGACGGAGCCAAGCCGCUGAAGGCUGACGAGGAUGCGAAGAAGCUGGUUCGAAUCUACACGGCUAUGUCCGCUAUCUGGUCUCUUGGAGCGAACCUGCACGAAAACUCGCGAUCCAAGUUUGUCGCCCGGAUUCGUCCGCGGCUUCAGCUGUUCUGUCCAGAGGUUCCGGACAGUGGUGAUCUCUACAUGUUGGCCGUCAACGACGAUGAUGGAAAAAUCCAUCCGCUCGCCGACAUCGUCCCAACAUUCAAUUUCAAUCCGCAGGAGCCUUUCUUCAACAUUUUGGUCAAUACUCCCGAGACCGUUGGGCAACGAAUGCUGGUUGAAAACUUGAUGGCGGCAAACUUCAACGUGCUUUUCUCCGGAGAGACAGGUGUUGGCAAGUCGGUUGUCAUCCAGCAGUUCCUGAACACGGCGGGCGAGCUCUUUGCAACCGCAAGUGCCAACUUCAGCGCCCAAACGAGCACUGCCAACGUUGUGGACCAAUUUGAGAACCGGCUUGAGCGGAAACGCAAGACGCUGCUGGGCGCUCCUCCAGGCACCACGAUGAUCUUUUUCGUGGAUGAUGUCAACAUGCCCAUGCUUGAGUUUUAUGGUGCCCAGCCUCCAAUUGAGCUACUGCGACAGGUGAUUGACUACGGAGGCUUUUACGACAAGAAGAAGCUAUUCUGGAAACAGGUCGCUGACACUCAAUUUAUCUGCGCUUGCGGCCCACCUGGUGGAGGUCGUAUGGCCGUGACGCCCAGGCUGUUCCGCCACUUCAACAUGAUCUGGAUCCCGGCUUUAUCCCAGGAUGCCAUGCAACGAAUCCUUUCCAGCAUCCUAGGUGGCUGGCUCGGUGUCAACAAGCCGGACCUGCAGGAGCUUUCGGUUCCCAUCAUCACCGCAACAGUGAAGAUGUUCUUCCAGAUCUCAAAGGAUUUGCUUCCGACACCGGUGAAAUGUCAUUACACCUUCAAUCUUCGCGACCCCGCGAAGAUGGUGCAGGGCAUGCUCAUGGUGGAUGUGAAGACCUCGCUGAAAAGCAACCAGGACCUCAUAGAUCUGUUCUUACACGAGAGCUGCCGGGUCUUCCGAGACCGUCUCAUUGAUGAUGUCGACCGAGAAUGGUUCAAUUCUAUGAUUUCAGACAAGCUGAAUGCUGAAAUUGCCGGUGCUGCGAAGAUUGAUCAGUUCAGAGAUCUCAUCUUCGGUGAUUUCCUGACACGGGGUGGCGAUGUGAACCCCUACCAGAAGGCAGACAGUGAAGAGAAAUGCGUGAGCAUAUUCCAAGAGAUGCUGGACGACUACAACAAUCUCAUGCCGACCAAGAUGAACAUCGUCUUCUUCCGUGAUGCAUGCAUGCAUCUGGCGAGGGCAACAAGAACCAUCCGACAGCCUCGUGGAAACCUGCUGAUGGUCGGGGUGAGUGGCGUUGGGCGGAAGUCCAUAGCCCGCAUUGCGGCUCACAUGGCAGACUUCCAGUGUUUCUCCAUUGAGAUUACACGGACGUAUGGUGCCAACGAUUUCAAAGAAGACUUGAAGAACAUCAUGAACGGCGUUGCGAAAGGAGGAGGCAAGGGUGUUGUCUUCCUCUUCUCGGACACGCAGAUUGUCAAGGAGUCCUUCUUGGAAGACAUCAACAACAUUCUGAACACUGGUGAGGUGCCGAACCUCUUUGCACCCGAUGAGCUGGAGGGUGUGAUUGGCCUGAUGCGGCCUUUGGCCAAGGCCGCAGGGAAGCCAGAGACGCGAGAUGCAAUUUGGCAGUAUUUCGUGCAGGUUAUUCGGGAGAACUUGCACAUUGUCUUGGCAUUCUCGCCGAUUGGCGAAGGCUUCCGAGCACGAUGCCGACAAUUUCCAUCCAUCAUCAACUGCGCAACGAUCGACUGGUUCAGUCCAUGGCCAGCUGAUGCGCUGUAUUCCGUGGCCGUUCGCUACUAUUCGCAAGCUCCGAAAGAGCUGGGCCUGGAGUCUUUGGUGGACCAGCUCUCAAAGGUGUCGCAGUACAUGCACAGCACUUCGAAAGAUGCCGCAGAGGACUUCUUCGAAAGUCUGCGAAGAAGAACAUACAUGACUCCAACUUCCUACUUGGAGCUCAUCGGCCUCUUCACAGACCUGGUGGGCAAAAAGCGUGGGGAGCUGACCACCAAGCUGGAACGCUACACCAUUGGCUCCAAGACGCUGAACGAGACCAAGUCUGUUGUGGACGAUCUGAAGGCAUCCUUGGCCAAGAUGCAGCCCACGAUCGAGCAGGCGAAGAAAGAUACUGCAGAGCUCAUGGUGAAGGUGCAAGCAGAUCAGGCGAUUGCAAAAGAAAAGAGCGAGGCAUGUGCCGUUGACGAGAAAGCUGCCUCGGAAGCUGCCGCGGAGGCCAAUGGCAUAAAGGCCGACUGCCAGAAAGACCUCGACGAGGCAUUGCCCGAGUAUUAUGCGGCAAUCAAAUCGCUUGAUUCCCUCGACAAGAAGGACAUUCAAGAGGUCAAGUCGUUUGCCAAGCCUCCGCCUCUAGUAGAGGUUGUCUUGAGUGCGGUGUGUCUGUUGUUCGGCCAGAAAGAGAGCUGGGACGAUGCCAAGAAGCUCAUGAACGACACGAAGUUCCUCGACAAUCUGAAGACCUACGACAAGGAUGCCUUGGCCAACAACGCCAAGCUGACCCAAAAGUUGCAGAAGUACAUCAAGAGGGAAGACUUCGUGGCCGAAAAGGUCAAAAGCGUGUCUUCUGCCGCCAUGUCGCUCUGCAUGUGGGUGCGGGCCAUGGACGUCUAUGGGCGUGUCUCGCGGGAAAUCGAACCGAAGAAGGCGAAGCUAAAGGUUGCAGAGGAUUCUCUGGCAGCUGCUGAAGAGAAGCUGGCCAUCAAGAAGGCUGAAUUGAAGCUGGUGAUGGACAAUGUAGCCUCCCUGGAGGCCCAGCUUGCUGCGGCCCAGCGCAAGGCUGCCCAACUGGAGGCGGAUGCAGAGGAUUGCGUGAUCAAGCUAGACCGUGCUGAAAAGCUACUUGCUGGCCUGGGGAAUGAGAGUGUGCGCUGGAAUGCUGCCAGUGAGGUGUUGGAGAAGAACCUGAAGUUUGUGAUUGGAAACAUUGUCCUCGCAGGUGGCUUCAUUGCGUACACAGGGCCUUUUACGGCAGAAUUUCGCCGUAGUUUGGUGGCCAAGUGGAAGCAGCAGGCAGAUGGCGUAGGUCUCCUUUGCGAUCCCAACUGGCAGGCCGCGGAUGUUCUGGUCGACCCGGCAGAGGUUCGCAUGUGGAACAUCCAAGCUCUCCCCUCGGACGAUCUGUCGGUGGAGAACGGCCUCAUGGUGACGCGCGGAAGACGGUGGCCCCUCAUGGUGGAUCCGCAGGGUCAAGCUAACCGCUGGGUUCGCAACAUGGGCAAGGAGAACAACAUCAUUAUCACAAAGCUCUCCGAUGGCACGUAUCUUCGCAAGCUAGAAUCGUGCAUACGCAACGGCCACUCCAUCCUUAUCGAAAAUGUGGAAGAGGUAUUGGACCCUGCACUCGAGCCUGUGCUGACGAAAGCACUUUUCAAGAGAGGGGGGCAGCUGUUGCUUCGUUUGGGAACCGAAGAUGUGCCAUACGACGAGAAUUUUGCCUUCUAUGUCACAACUAAGAUGGCCAAUCCUCACUACUUGCCCGAGGUUUGCAUCAAGGUCACCGUCAUCAACUUCACCGUCACUCUUCUGGGCCUAGAGGAGCAGCUCGUGGCCGAAGUCGUUGGAAAUGAGCGGCCGGACUUGGCGCAACAGCGCCAAGAGCUUGUCGUGCAAAUUGCAGCCGACAAGAAAACCCAGGACGAUCUGGAGCAGCUCAUCCUCAAACUGCUGGCUGAGGCUGGUGGCGACGUCUUGAAGGAUGACACCCUGAUCGUCACCUUGGACCAGUCAAAGCGAACUGGACUGGAAUGCCAGGAACGGAUGCAAGUGGCCGACAAGGCGAUGACGGAAAUCGAUGCAGUUCGGGAGAAGCUGAGACCCGUUGCGACAAGGGCAUCGAUUCUCUACUUCGUGGUAGCCGACUUGGCGAACAUCGACCCCAUGUACCAGUACAGCCUCGAGUUCUUCGUCCUCCUUUUCCAGGGCAGGUUGCGUGAUGCAGAACAGUCUGAGGACAUCAACAAACGCAUCGACAUCCUUGUAGACGACUUCACGAGGUUCAUCUUCUUGAACAUCUGCCGUGGCUUGUUCGAGGACCACAAACUGCUCUUCUCCUUCCUCAUCACCGUUCAGAUCCUCAGAAACGAGGUUCACUCGAAGUUCCUCAACAAGAUCACCAUCAAGCCAACAGAGUGGCUCUUCUUCUUGCGCAAUGCCGAAGCAGGUAAAGGCGUUCUAGAGGACGGUGAGAUCAGCGUCGCUUGCCCCGCCUGGGUGGACAAAACUGCUUGGGUGAAGUUGGACGUACUGGAGCGACUGACGGCGCACAACGGCGAGAUGCAGUUUGUGGGUCUUAAGGAGGCAAUCGCACAUGACAGCGGCUGGGAGGCUUUCUGUCGAAGUGAUGACAUGUACCAGCAACCCAUGCCGAAACCUUGGGACACGAAGCUCACUGCAUUCCAGCAAGCUUUGGUCAUCAAGAGCAUGCGAGAGAACUUCUUGAACUUCGUGGCUCGGAAUGUUGUCUUCCAUGAACUGGGCCAACUCUUCAUCGAGUCACCGCCCUUCAACUUGGCGAGUUGCUACUCAGAUUCGGUGGCCACAAUGCCCUUGAUCUUUGUCCUCUCUGCCGGUGCUGAUCCCACCGAGUACUUGCUGACCCUGGCUGCCGAGAAAGGAUACACCGAAAAGUUGCAUUUCAUUUCCCUGGGGCAGGGACAGGGACCCAAAGCCGAAGCUUUGAUCAAGCUAGGAUGGGACACGGGAGACUGGGUCUGCCUCCAGAACUGCCACCUUGCGGACAGUUGGAUGCCAAGGCUGGAAGCAAUCCAAGAGUCACAAGCGCCUGACAAGAUCAAUCCCGACUACAGGCUGUGGCUGACGAGCAUGCCAUCUCCCAAAUUCCCUGUUCCGGUCUUGCAAAGUGGCAUCAAGAUCACGAAUGAGCCUCCAAAGGGUUUGCGAGCCAACUUGGGUCGUACCUACCAAGACAUUGGCGAGGAUGUCUUUGAAAGCUGCCCUUCCAAGCCAGCCGAGUUCAAGAAGCUUCUGUUUGGGCUUGCUUUCUUCCAUGCAGUGAUUCUCGAACGUCGAAAGUUCGGCCCGAUUGGUUGGAACAUUCCCUAUGAAUGGAUGGACUCGGACUUUCAGGUCUCUCGAGAGCAGGUCCGCAUGUACCUGGUGUCCCAGCCAGACGUUCCAUGGAUCACGCUGCGGUACAUCAUUGCGGAAGUGAACUAUGGAGGGCGAGUAACUGACGACAAGGACGUGAGACUCAUCUCUGCAGUGCUCAAGGGCUACUUCAGCGAGAGGAUUCUGGAGAAAGGCUUCAAGUUUGCAAACCUCCAAGCAUAUUGGAUUCCUGAAGAGGGAAGCCUGCAGGAGACCCGAGACUAUCUCAAGUCAUUGCCUAUGGAUGAGGACCCCCGCAUUUUCGGGCUGCACCCAAAUGCGCUCAUCACAGCCCAGUUCAACCAGGCCAAGAAAUUCCUGGAUACAGUUGUCAGCGUUCAGCCCCGCAUUUCCUCGGGUGGCGGUGGCAAGAAGCCAGAAGAAAUUGUUGCGGAUAUGGCGCAGGAGUUCUUGCAGCGAAUUCCGGACGCGGUGAAGAGCAAAAUGGCCCACGCCGAAACCUACAAAAAGACUGCUCAAGGCGGUAUCGUCUCCGUUGGUGUCUUCCACAGCCAGGAAUAUGCCCGCAUCGAGAAGCUCAUUAAGGUGGUCAAGUCCAGCCUGGUCAUGCUGGGCAAGGCCAUCAAGGGUACGGUGCUGAUGUCGGCGGAGCUGGAGGGAAUGUUCAACGCCUUCCAGGAGCAGAAGGUCCCAGGCAAUUGGGGAAAGGUUGCAUAUCCCUGCCUGAAGCCGCUGAACUCCUGGGUGGUAGACUUCAUCGCCCGCAUCGGCUUCUUGGUGAAGUGGCUGGUCGAAGGGCCGCCGUUGAGCUACUGGAUUUCCUGCUUCUUCUUUCCACAGGGCUUCAUGACCGCGGCCCUGCAGCUGCACGCGAGGAAGACGAAGAUUCCCAUCGACACCCUCGAGUUUUUCUCUGAAACCACUGCCGUGCAAGACAGCACAACAUUGCAAUCGCCACCCCCGAACGGCGUCAACAUUCACGGACUCUUCCUUCAAGGAUGUGGCUGGGACAAGUCCAAGGGCUUGCUGAAAGAGUCCGACAAGGACGUCGUGUUCGUUGAGAUGCCAGUCAUCCACCUAGAGCCACUGGCGAUCACAGACAGCUCCAAGCGAGUGAUCGACGGAAAUCUGUACAUGUGCCCGAUCUACAAAACAUCUGAGCGCAAGGGGACACUGUCCACUACCGGCCAUUCGACCAACUUUGUGAAGUUUUUCCCGUUGAGCCAAGACGAGGCAGAUACCGCCCACUGGAUUGCACGAGGAGUGCCUCGGAUUGGACAUUCUGCUGGGCUGAGGGUGCUGGCACGGGCUCGGUGUAGCAGAAAUCACAUCUUACCGCUCUGCCACUUGUCGCUUGUAAGUGGGACACGACUUUGGGAUCCUGGGCCGGAGUUGACCACUUUCUUCUUUUGCAUUGGAGUAUGA